CGUUGCAGAGCUGAACGGCACAAGAAACCGAGAGAACCGCGCAGCAGUUGUUGUCGUUGCCAAAGUUUCUCUAUCCGAUUCUCCAUCUAUCUCUAUCUCUUUUUUUUCUUCUUCCUAAUUCCUUCCCUGCGGACGCACAUCAUUCUUCGUACCUUCGCUCCUCCGCUGCGGUCGCCGCUGCCGCCGCCGCUGCUGCCGCUGCUGCGUUCAGGCACACUCGUCUCUCUCUUUCCUCCCACCUCACACCGUCGACACUCCGUGAAACUUUGCCCGCCUCUCCGUCCUCCCCUCUUCCUCCCGCUGUCUUCCCGUGGACAGUCCUCCGAGUGCACUACGAGCGUACAACCGAACCCCAGGCCGCACAGAGCAGCUCCAGCCCUGGAUUCGUUACUGCUGAUCAAUGGACAGAGCCUCGUCAGCGGCCAGCAGCGCUACAGACACGCGGUGAACAACUCGUUCUCUCUGGCUGGAACUCCUCUGGGGAUCUGGAGGAGAAUGGAGAGAGGAGGAGAGAGUCCCAUCACCCAGGACAGUCCAGAGACGAGGGGAGGCAGCCCAGACCUUGGUGGUCUCCCACCACCGGGGAAGAAAAGCCGUCUGGAGCUCAAUGGGAGCCCGACUGGACCGCGCAUACGACACAAUGGAGCCCCGCCCAGACUCUUGGGAGGUUUGAUGAUUCCCGUCUUCUGCGUGGUGGAGCAGUCGGACGGAGGCGUGCCGACGGAGGGAUGCGACGGGAGAGAGGAGCACGCAGAGUUCGUGUUGGUCAGGAAGGACAUCCUCUUCUCUCAGCUGGUGGAGACGGCCCUGCUCGCCCUCGGCUACUCGCACAGCUCAGCUGCACAAGCCCACGGCAUCAUCAAAGUUGGACGAUGGAACCCUCUACCCAUCCACUUCCUGACGGACGCUCCGGAGGCUACAGUCGCAGACAUGUUGAUGGAGGUGUACCACAUGGUCACGUUACGUAUUCAACUGCAGAGUUUUUCCAAACUGGAGGAUCUGCCAUGUGAACAGUGGAACCACGCCACGGUCAGAAACGCUCUGAAAGAGCUGCUGAAGGAAAUGAACCAAAGCACUCUGGCCAAAGAGUGUCCUCUAUCACAGAGUAUGAUCUCCUCCAUUGUCAACAGUUCCUAUUACGCCAACGUCUCCACAGCCAAGUGUCAGGAGUUUGGACGAUGGUACAAGAAAUAUAAAAAACUCAAAGUAGAUUAUCUGGAGAAGAUGUGGGCUGGACGAGAACCUACUGAAAUUAAAAUAGAGAGAGACAACAUGGCCGACUUCUGUGUGCUGGGUCAGAGACCCCCUCCUCACCUUGCCGGCCUGGCCCAGCUCGGCCAUUUAGGAACAGGAAGUUCUCAUCUUAAAGCUGGAUCAGGAGAUCCACAGACUCCUUCUCAGCCACCCCAGCAGCCACCCCCUCCUCAGCAGCAACCCUCUCCUCACGGUCCCCUCCAUCACAGCCCUCCUCUGAGAACAGGUCAAGUUCCUCCUCCUCCGCCUCCUCCACCUCCGCCAGGUGCCCUGCAGCCGCUGCUGGGUCCAGGUGGCCUUCUAUCCCCGCAGCUCUCCCCGCAGUUGGUGCGUCAACAGCUCGCCAUGGCCCACCUCAUCAACCAGCAGUUAGCUGUUAGCAGACUGCUGGCUCACCAGCACCCACAGGCCCUCAACCAGCAGUUCCUCAACCACCCACCCAUCCCUCGUGGUUCGUCCAAAGUCGGUGGUGUAGACCAUCCUGGGAACAACCCUUCAGCUGCUGAAGUCUCCUCUGACAUCUACCAGCAGGUCAGAGACGAGCUGAAGAGAGCCAGUGUCUCCCAGGCUGUGUUUGCCAGAGUGGCUUUCAACCGUACACAGGGUUUGCUGUCAGAGAUCCUCAGAAAGGAGGAGGACCCUCGCACAGCCUCACAGUCACUGCUCGUCAACCUUAAAGCCAUGCAGAAUUUCCUCAACCUGCCCGAGAGCGAGCGUGACCGAAUUUACCAGGAGGAGAGAGAGCGCACCAUGAACCCAACGGUCGGGCUUCCUGCCUCCAACACCUCCAGCCCCGGAGCUGCACGCCUCUCACAGAAAGUGUGGGAGAGGAGCUUGGAUGACCAGAUAACUCCUGAUACCUGGGCCUCCAUCUGGAAGAACAAGACUAAGAUCUCCAACUCUCCCAAACCGUCUGGCCCCGCCCCUGACCACUCGCUGAAGCUGGAGUCACUGGUCAACAUCACGUCAGGCAUCUAUGAUGAAAUCCAGCAGGAGAUGAAGAGAGCCAAGGUUUCCCAGGCUCUGUUCGCUAAGGUGGCUGCUAACAAGAGCCAGGGCUGGCUGUGUGAGCUGCUGCGGUGGAAGGAGAACCCCAGCCCCGAGAACCGCACACUAUGGGAGAAUCUGUGCACCAUCCGUAGGUUCCUCACACUGCCACAGGGUGACAGGGACAUGGCUUAUGAGGAGGAGUCAAGACACCAUCACAGCGAGCGACUGCACACAGUUCUCCACCUGCCACAGGACUCACAGAUAUUUUGUCUUUCUCGCCAGGCACUCCACAGGCCACCCCCGACCCCCAUGAAGGAGCACCAUCUGUCCCCGAUGCGCGAAGAACAAUUAUCCGCCCCAGGGAACGAGGACGGCCCACAGAACGCAGGGGCGGCAGCUUCGGGCACAUGCACGUCUGCUAACGUCGGCAACUCUGGAAGCAACAAAAAACCACGAUCACGGACCAAGAUCUCUCUGGAGGCCCUGGGCAUUCUACAGAGCUUCAUCCAGGAUGUGGGCCUCUACCCAGACCAGGAAGCCAUCCACACCCUCUCCGCACAGCUGGACCUGCCUAAACACACCAUCAUCAAGUUCUUUCAGAACCAGCGCUACCACGUGAAGCACCACGGUCGCCUCAAAGAGCUGGGGGAGGGCGCCGCCGCCAGCGGAGGUGUGGACGUCAGCGAAUACCGAGAAGAGGAGCUGCUGUCGGGCUCCGAGGACCCGGAGUCCAGCGAGGACGGAGCUGAGGAGAUCUACCAGUCCACAGAGAGCAACAAUGGGAACUCGUCAGGGCUGAACCAGGCUCCGACCUCUGGAGGGUCUGGAGGGGCCAACGUCGCUCAAGAGGAAGGCAAGGACAAGGGGGUUAGUCGUCCUGGUGGCACCCUGGCCCCCGGGAGCUCCUCGUCCAGUCCUAGAGAGCAGGCCGACUACCAAAGGUAAAGACAGACCAGAACAACGGAGACGAGCGCGCUAAGAAGGAGAGAGAAAGGCAAACCGGAGAUCGAUGAUAAACUGAACUGGAAAAAAAAAAAACCUGCAGCUGCACAGAAACUGUACAAGACUUUAAAGAUAAGGUAGUCUAUAAAAAAAUAAAGAAAAAAACAUGUGACCUAAAUCCUUCAGUGGACUCUGUUUAGUGACAAUCCCAGACAGACGUGUGAAAACCUGAUGGUGGUUCAGUAAAAAUUACCUCAGACAGCAGGUUUACAGGACGACGUGCAACGACUGAAUUUGUGUAACUGUGAAACAGUUUUACCAUGAAUAGCAUUCAACCCCGCGAGACCUGGACGGAAGCAGGUGACGUUACUGCUGCUUAGGCUUCGAACGACACGAGAGGCACAAACGCUACGAAACGGUUUCUGCGGAACGUGACGAGCCACCGGGCCGAUCGUCACGGACGAGGAGAGACUGAACAGUGGCGGAGCUUCAUUGGCUCCCAGUCCUGAAGAGUGUCCCUGCUCCUCGUCUCUAAAGUUUGAGCACAGCCCUUCUUUUUACAUUUACACUCCCACAAGCCAUAGUUGCUUUACCUGACAGAGUGACAUUUUUAUCCUGGAAGUGUUUCUCCGUCUCUAAUAUCCCCCCAAAAAAAAAAUAAAAAAAUAAAAAUAAAAAAUUUCCUCAGGACACUUACUGACGUUACUCAUGCUGUCACCUGCCUGGAAAACACGGACUUGUGGAUAACCUAUGUUGGUGUAACUGUCACAAAGACAAAAAAAUGAUGUCCCUGUCCCAUCCUCAGUGUCCCACUCCACAGCCCCUCUACCCUCUAUUUAGCACUUACUCGUCACAAAGACACUCCUAAAUGCCAGGCCUCUCGCUUUAACUACGCCAUCCUCCGACUCUGAAGUGAAAGAGCAACUUUAAAAAAAGAAAGAAAAAAAAACCAACCCUUCACUCACAGUACGUGACUUCAAUCAAAGAUUCCAGACUUUCAGUUAGGUUCUGAGGACAGACACUAAAAUCCACCUUUUCUUUUUGUCUGAGUGGAAGUAAGGAACCCAGUUCUCACAGUGCAGUGAGUUCUGGACUCUGUGCUACAACCCCAUUCAACCACACACACAAAAAAAAAAAAUAACUGAACUGUCACUUUUAAAACACAUAGUCUGUGCCAGGAAGACACGCUCGGGUGUUUUUGCCGGACACUCGGAGCCUGUGUGACUGUCUGUGGACGCCCACGUACAUGUGGCCAGAGAGGAGGGAAAAAGAAAAAAGAAAAAAAAGCUGAGAAAGGAAGGACAGAGCGGAGAGUCAGCGACCAAACAAUCAGUCACUUUAUGUGCGGUGUAGUCCAACCCUUCCACUCUUCCUCUCUCCAUCACUCUCUCCUCCUCCUCCUCCUCUCUCCAACUGCUGCCCACAGUCCUGUGUUUCACCACACCUACCCACACUUUAACUGCAACCACCCUAUUUAUUGCUAUCUUUAUCCACCAUUAUUAUUAUCAUUAUUGUUAUUAUUGUUGUUAUUGUGGUUAGAAUUGCUGUCAUCAUGUGCUUUUUUUUUUUUUAGUUUUAUUUCCAUGGUUUUAAAUAUUGGUUUUUAGAUCAGAGCGAAGAGAGAUGGUGGGACGAAUGACAGUAGAGGAGAGGAGAAAAAAAAAAAAGAAAGAAGCAGUUACUGGAGAAAAAAAAAGCAUUAAAAAUGUCAUGUUGUAUCUGCCAGAUUUUUAUAGUUCUGUUUUCCUAAAAAAAUAAGACAGAAAAAAGUUAAAUGUUAUAAAACAAAACUGUGCUUUAUGUUGCUGCAGUUGAUGACAAUCGACGUUUUUUGAGCCAGGAAAGAAAAGUGGCAGGUUUGACUCACUUUUAAUGUCUGUAAAUACCCUACAUGGGAUUAUAAUUAUUAUUAUUAUUGGUAUACUUUCUUUUUUUUUUUACUUUAAUCAGUAACAUGUCUCAGUGUUUGAGCCACUUUGGAAAAAAAAACAAGUCGGUGAAAGUCUGUUUGUUUCCAUGUGCAAGGCAAAUGUAAUAGAUUGACCAGAGUAUUUAAAAAAAACAAAAACAGGCUUAUUUCUAAUGUUCUGUGCAGUUGUGUGUCAGUGAAACAGUCUGUGUGGUAUCGACUGUCCUGCACUCAAACUGUUGUAUCAGCCACCGACACGGCUGUGGUUUUUCUGUGUGACAGGAAUCAGGGUUAAACUCCAACCAAUGAAAAAAAUCCUAAUUCAUCCAGUGUUGAAGUGAAUUAAAAUUUGUGAAAUGAAAAGUAAAAAAAAAAAAA